AAAAAACAACGUCAGGCGAUGCGACGGGAUGAUGAGGUCAACGGCGGGUUGAGUCAGGUGAGCUCAGACAAGGUCACCCCUGCCGCUUUGAUCGCACUCGCCGUCACGGUGAACUGCCGCGAGCCGCACUCUCCCGUGUUUCUCAGCCUAAGGCUAUCUUGUCGCCUUCCACUUGCUUCCUUUUUUAGUUAUUACACAUCCUACUCGUGAACAUCAUCGCUCUUGCCACGCUCCUCUCGAAACCCUUGUUACUCUUCAAUAUCCGCUCCUCCCCCUCCUCCUCCUCCUGCGUCUUCACUCCCAUCCUCUCUCGACAUUCGGCAAUAAUUAUUGCUCCACGUCAUCCUUCCGAACUGAACGCGCAGCGAUAGCGAGAUGGCACCGGUAGUAUGGGGCCUCGACCUGGCCGAGAUCAAAUGGUCCAAGUUCAAGAGCAGCUACAUGUGGAACAAUGAGUACCAUCUGCGCCGAACGAAGUUCAUCGUGUACCAGUGUGCACUGAUCUUCUGCGUCGUCUCGGAGUCGCUCGGCACCGCUGUGUUGUCUGACUACAUCCAAGGAGAGAGGAAGAUCCAGACCAUCACCGCGAACCGUGUCAAGGUGUACAACAACAACUACGUGGGCGCGGGCAGCUACAACAUCUUCGCCGGCGUGUUUGUCGCCUUCAUCUUUGGCGCGGCCUUCUUCUUCGACCUGAUCUGGCCGGAGCGGCACGAGAGCCGAGGAGUGCUGAUUGCGUGGAAGGUGUGCGGCGUGCUGGCAACCAUUUUCCAUCUCGCCAGCGCCCUCACCCUGACCGUCAUCACCGUGAGGCAGCGAUCCUAUGUCGUCCCGCAUAUUGCUCCCUUCGAUCCGCAAUUCUGGUGGAGAAAGUACACCAAGCAUGCAGAGGCACCAUUGAUCUACAGACACAACGGGCGCGCCGUCGCUGCGGUGGUGUUUGUGUGGCUUGGCUGGGUGUCGGUCGCGGCAAGCUGCGUAUUGCUAUUCAUGAGCAUCGAUCACACCGAAAAGGGACCUGGACCGAAGUCGACGCAUGCGCGCGAACGGGAUGCGGCGGCAGGUGGCGCCAUUGAUCCCAAUGACCCCGAAAAGGGAUCGUCAGAAACAGAGAAGCCAGCCGACGAAGCUACCGUGCCAGAGCCGGCGCUCACCCACGACCGGGAAGGAGAGGCAUCAACAACGGAGCCUGCUCCGGCGGCCGAGCAAACGACUUCCGCGGAGGCAACACGGUAGACGCCGGUCAAGCAGACACUACGCAACAACCGCCUCUCCAGCGUGAUAGAGGGGGAGAGCCCGGGCCUGGAUAGCAGUGAGAUCACGGAGAACUCGACCUUCAGCGUGUUGGCGUCGGGGAAGAAGCGGCCUCAUUCUGGGGAAUUACGGGUGGAUGCUGCUGAGGACCGACGAAGGCUUGGGGAGAGGAGCCUAGCAGCGUUGACGAGUGGCGUCUCUGAUGCAGGUUGGACUUCGCGAUGAGCGGGCACUUUGCAUUGCAUUAUUGGAGUUGGUGGGGGUUACUUUUCUUCACGAGCAUGCGCUACGUGAACUGGCAGCGCUGAGUGCAGCAGAUAAUGUUACUGUAAUGACAGCAUUGAAGGAAAUUUCAUCC